AUGUGCCUUCUUUAUCGGAUACCUGGCCUUGAAGAGGACAACCUUCCUUAUGUAGAGCGCCUCUCAGCGCGGCCUGUCUCUGUCGAACAGUAUCAACAUAUCAGUGUAUUGGCUGAGCACCCGGCCGGACUUCAUGGUUUGCUCAGGCGUCUUGGUACUGUACGUGAUCCUCUCGUCUGCCGAGAGCUGCUUGAAUGUGCUGUCCAUCUUUUCGAGUACUGCCUUAAGACGGAAGAGUGCAAAGUUGCCUUGGUCCGACCUCGGCUUAAGUGA